UGUGCCCGGUGCACCAAUAUUUGAUAGGGCCUUUCAUGUAAGCUACAGGUACAACAGAAAUGACGACGGGUUUUGCAAUGCCUAAUAUGCACAUUAAUAACUCACACAUAUCAGGGUAGAUAUUUCAAAUUCCAGAUAUUAAAAAUAGCGAAUCUUUUGUUUUAAGAGUCUAGAAUGUUUGUUUGGAAAAGGCAUUGUUUGAGGCGGACUUAACUUGAAUGAUGCUGAUGGUCUGAUUAUUUGCAAUUUACGUGACAAAGAUGGCACACUACCGUUUUCUCAGACAGUAUAUUGGCCCAGUGAAGGCUGUGAUAUUAGACUGGAGUGGGACCACUGCAGACAAGUAUGUCAUCGCCCCAGCUGUCGUCUUCAAGGAUGUGUUUGAGAAACACCGUGUGCCCAUUACAAUGGAGGAGGCUAGGCUGCCCAUGGGACUGAGGAAGGAUCUCCAUAUUAAGGCAUUAACUGAGAUUCCAGAGGUACGGGAGAGAUGGCACAGUGUGUAUAACCGCUACCCUAACCAGCAGGAUGUGGACAACAUGUUCAAGGAUUUUGUUCCUAUGCAGUUGGCAUGCUUACCUAAGUACACAACCCUCAUUCCUGGCUGUGUAGAGGCCACACAGAGAUUGCAGAAUGAACUGAAGUGCAAACUGGGAACCACCACUGGUUUCACCAGAGCUAUGGUGGACAUACUAUUAGCAGAUGCUAUAAAACAAGGGUACAAGCCAGAUGUCACAGUGGCAGGGGAUGAAGUCAUCAAUGGGGCUCGUCCCAAACCCCACAUGGUCUACAAAAACAUGGACUUGCUGGACGUGAACCCCAUCCAAGCUGUGGUCAAGGUUGAUGACACUGUAUCGGGAGUGGGAGAAGCUAUCGAGGCGGGCUGUUGGGGCGUGGGAGUGGCCAGGUACAGCAACUAUAUGGGGAUUCAUACACUUGAAGAUGAGGCUAAAGUAUCAGCAGAAGAUAUGGAGGUACGGACUGAGAAAUCACGUGACCUACUGAGGAAGUCAGGUGCCCAUUACGUCAUUGAUUCCAUCGCGGAGCUCCCAGAAGUGGUGGAAGAUAUCAACCAGAGAUUGGCUCGGGGAGAGAAACCAUAAGCAGUUAUGAUCUUCUGGAAGCAACGUGCCUUGCUAAGACAAGCUUAUUGUCGUUGGCAUUGUAUUAUUUGUACUCUCAAGCAUUAGAAAAUAUCCAAAUAAUAUAAUUAGACUAUUACAAUGCCAAAAAUCCAGCCAUAUAUUGAUAAACCGGUGAAAACCAGCGAUCUUUUUAGUAUAUUUGUAGAUCGAUGCAUAGUAGGCCUACAUGUGUAUGAGUAUACUGCACACUUUGUUAGUAGGCCUACUAUACUACGAGUAGUGGAUCUACUGAUUUCUACUGUUUUCUUUGAUAAGUAAUAUCUUAUUCAGUGUGAAAAUGUAUUGAUAGGCCUAAAUCCAGAGGUGAGUGAUAUUUAAUGAUGCCAAACAGUUCCAUUUAGUGGCAGCCAACUGCUGCCCGAUGUCUGACUUCUUGUCUAUUAUUUUAACGUUUUAAUCGCCCAAGAAUAUUAACUGUAUUGAACAA